AUGUCAAAAGAUUUUUAUGAAAAUAGUUUAGAAUAUGACCUAAUUGAUAAUAAAGAAAAUGAAUCGAUAGAUGAUAAUGAUGAUGAUAUUGACGAUAAUGAUGAUGAUAUUGAGAUGCAAAUAUUACCUGAUUCAGACGAAGAUACUUUCGUAGAAUCGAUAGACAGAAAUGACACAUCGGAUGAAGAUGGCGACAAAUGGCAUUUAGUCACGGAAGCGGAUGAUGAAAGACCAAAAGCAUUGCUACCUUUUACUGUUAGUCCAGGAGUGCGUUUUAGUGUUUCUGGAAAUCCAAAGCCAGAGGAGUUUUUCGAAAAAACACUACCAGACACAUUGUUUGAUGAAAUCACAAAAUUUACCAAUAAACGUGCUCAACUUUAUUUAUUGAAGGUCAAAUCAGAUAGAACUAUCAUCUGGAAACCAGUAAGAGUUUUGUGUCCAAGGAGACCUCUUUUACUGAUUUCUUUAUUUCAUUCCUUCUAAUUCUUCUCUGUAGGUGACUACACAUGAAACAAAGGAGUUUUUCGCGAUAAUAUAUCAUAUGGGCAGUAAUCGAACGCGUACACUUCAAGAUUACUGGUCAACUGAUCCAUACAAAAUUACGCCUAUAUUUCAUUCGUCUAAAUUUUUAUCGCGUAAUCGAUUUCUAAGUAUUUUAUGGUGCAUAAAAUUUUUACUAUUGAGAUAAAAUCUAUUGUCCAUCCAAUAAAAGAACGGUAUAUGACUGUUUUUCGAAUAACUUUCGAUAGGAAAAAGCUAAAGAGCUUCAAUUUUCAGCAUUCGAAAGAGGAGAUUUGGGGAUAUGUUUUCAUAACCAAAAAAUUUCCCAGAAGAGCUUUCUGGAACAGGUUUUCCAGGGGAUCUUUGGGAAAUUAGCUCGCGUGUAAAAAUUUUCCAAUAGGAU